UUAACUAGACCAUCAUUAACUUUAUCAAUUAUAGUAUAAAUCAUAUUAGCAUGGACAUAUGCAUACAGCAUUUUGAAGGACCAGAAUGGAGUGUACACAGUGUGGUAAACCAGUUGGUGAUGAAGUCAAAUUUUGCAGAGAGUGUGGCACAAAAGUCAACCGGCCUAGACCAGAUGUAACACCAAAACAAAUGAAUCGUACCCAUGAUCUAACAAUCCUUCUUGUUGGUCAUACUGGUCAUGGCAAAAGUGCAACAGGAAACUCACUUCUGGGAAUCACAAGACAGGAGGGAUUUCAUCAUGAAUUGAGCCCAGUUUCUGUUACAAAAGAGUAUGAGAAGAAGAUCGAAGAAAGAUUUGGAAGAAGAUUAGCUGUUGUUGACACACCUAGCAUUUGUGAGACCUCUUUCAAUGACAAAAAUGUGUAUCAACAAAUAACCAGGUGUAUAGAACUGACAUUGCCAGGCUUCAAUGCUAUCUGCUUAGUGCUUCGCCCAGAUCGGUUUACUAAGGAAUUGGUGGAAAGUGUUGAAUUCUUCUUCAAUUGUUUUGGUAAAGGGGUUGAUGCAUAUACAUUUGUCAUUUGGACUCACAUGGAAACGGAAGAAAAAAUGAUAAACUACAUUAAAGAAGGGGAAAAAAAUAAUGACGAUGCAGGACAAAAAGCAUUUCAAGUGCUUAGAAAGCGAUGUAAAGACAAACUUUUGUUCAUUAAUAACAGCACCUCCAAAGAUCGUAAAGAAGAAAUGGCUUGGAAUAUUUUAACAGCAAUAGAUGCAGCCAAUUCCACAGCAUCAAGCCCAUACUUCCAAAACACACUGACUGAACAAAAAGCUACCGACUUUGAUGUUACCCACAUCGUUGCAUUGGGAUCAAAGAGGUCAACAGAAGCUGGAACCACGACUGGCACGCAACAAACUACCGGUCCGUCUGUGACGACGGCAACACCGCCCACGACUACAUCUGUUACACCAUCUGAAAAUUGCGUGAUGGGCGGACCAGAACAAGACGUUGCACCAAGUUUCACAACCAUUGACGUAAACGGCAAAACCGUUGAAGGGUUCGAUCCGUUUAACCGGGCCGGGGGAAUUACACAACUUACACCUGAUCAAACAGACAUGGCUGUAGUCAAGAUUAACAUUAUACCAAUAGAAUUGAACGAGUUACAUAUUAAACCAUAUGACGCAGUUGUAUCCGUCAACAUUACAUACGACGAUAACACGAUUCAAACUGAGACGCAACCGGAAAUGAAACAGGACACUGCUGUUGUGAGCCAUCCAAGGAAUGGCAAGAAGGUAGUAACUAUUACGGUCACAAUAAAGAAGUCUCCAGACGCCAACGUAAUCAGAUUGGGUCCGAUCACCGCUCUGUUAUGCGGCGAGCAAUUAACAACAGCAAGCACCACAACGCCCUCUGUACACACAACUUCAGCUGUUAUGACAACACAACCAUUAGUUUCCUCGACAGCAACUACACCAUCGCCAUCAACUACAAAGCCAGCUGGAACCACGACUGGCACGCAACAAACUACCGGUCCGUCUGUGACGACGGCAACACCGCCCACGACAACAUCUGUUACACCAUCUGAAAAUUGCGUGAUGGGCGGACCAGAACAAGACGUUGCACCAAGUUUCACAACCAUUGACGUAAACGGCAAAACCGUUGAAGGGUUCGAUCCGUUUAACCGGGCCGGGGGAAUUACACAACUUACACCUGAUCAAACAGACAUGGCUGUAGUCAAGAUUAACAUUAUACCAAUAGAAUUGAACGAGUUACAUAUUAAACCAUAUGACGCAGUUGUAUCCGUCAACAUUACAUACGACGAUAACACGAUUCAAACUGAGACGCAACCGGAAAUGAAACAGGACACUGCUGUUGUGAGCCAUCCAAGGAAUGGCAAGAAGGUAGUAACUAUUACGGUCACAAUAAAGAAGUCUCCAGACGCCAACGUAAUCAGAUUGGGUCCGAUCACCGCUCUGUUAUGCGGCGAGCAAUUAACAACAGCAAGCACCACAACGCCCUCUGUACACACAACUUCAGCUGUUAUGACAACACAACCAUUAUUUUCCUCGACAGCAACUACACCAUCGCCAUCAACUACAAAGCCAGCUGGAACCACGACUGGCACGCAACAAACAACCGGUCCGUCUGUGACGACGGCAACACCGCCCACGACUACAUCUGUUACACCAUCUGAAAAUUGCGUGAUGGGCGGACCAGAACAAGACGUUGCACCAAGUUUCACAACCAUUGACGUAAACGGCAAAACCGUUAAAGGGUUCGAUCCGUUUAACCGGGCCGGGGGAAUUACACAACUUACACCUGAUCAAACAGACAUGGCUGUAGUCAAGAUUAACAUUAUACCAAUAGAAUUGAACGAGUUACAUAUUAAACCAUAUGACGCAGUUGUAUCCGUCAACAUUACAUACGACGAUAACACGAUUCAAACUGAGACGCAACCGGAAAUGAAACAGGACACUGCUGUUGUGAGCCAUCCAAGGAAUGGCAAGAAGGUAGUUACUAUUACGGUCACAAUAAAGAAGUCUCCAGACGCCAACGUAAUCAGAUUGGGUCCGAUCACCGCUCUGUUAUGCGGCGAGCAAUUAACAACAGCAAGCACCACAACGCCCUCUGUACACACAACUUCAGCUGUUAUGACAACACAACCAUUAGUUUCCUCGACAGCAACUACACCAUCGCCAUCAACUACAAAGCCAGCUGGAACCACGACUGGCACGCAACAAACAACCGGUCCGUCUGUGACGACGGCAACACCGCCCACGACUACAUCUGUUACACCAUCUGUUGUUAGAGCUGCUGAUGAUACCAGAACUGAUGAAGCUGCAUGGCUUGAAACAGCAAUAAGAGCUGUUGAAGCUGCUGAUGAUGCCAGAGCUGCUGAAGCUGCAUGGCUUGCCAUAGCAAAGAGAGCUUUUAAAGCUGCUGAUGAUGCUAGAGCUGCUGAAGCUGCAUGGCAUGCCAUAGGAGAGAGAGCUGUUAAAGCUGCAGAUGAAGCCAGAGCUGCUGGAGGUAAGAGAGCUUCCUUAGAAGAAAAGGCUGUUCAAGCUGCUGAUGAUACCAAAAUUUAAUGAUGCUGAGAGAGCUGCCAUACUACAGAGAGCUGAUAAAGCUGCUGAUGAUAAUACAGAUGCUGAAACUGCUGAUUAGGCCAAGGUUGCUGAAGCUGUGCUCAAAGAAAAACUUAAACAGCAACAAGAAGCUUUUGAAGUGUAGAAAACUAAAACUUUAUAUAAAUAGUCUUGUUCAAUUUCAUUAAAAAAAUGUAUCAAAUUUAUCUUAUAAUUGGUGUAUAAAUGAAUAUUUAAUAUUUUUCGAGAUUGUUGUUCUAAGAACUUGUAUCAGUCAAAUUGAUAGUCUGAAGUAGUAUUGCACAAGAGGAACAACACUCAUCAAGAUGCUAAUAUAUAACAAGCAAUUAGACUAACACAUGUUCAACGAACACCAUAGCAAAGUUAUUCCAUUUAUUAUAUUCUGUUUUAUGUAUAUAACUCCUUUAAUACCAGAACUAAUCUCUAAAAACUGUAUAUCAAGUAUAUGUUUUUGCUUAAUUACCAGCUACUUAGUAUGAUAUGAAAAAACAUAACAAAGAAGCAACUAUGGUUUCUCGCAUUUUUGUAGCAGUAAGCCGAUAGUUAUAUAACAACACUUAAUAUAAUUGGUUUCUUCUUCAUUUACUUUUUCAAGCUUACUUAUUGGAACAACUUAUUAAACAAUAUUUCUUGUUUCUCUUCUACUUGAAAGUAUUUUAUGUUUGAAGAAUAAUAAAAGUCAUCAAAGUGAUGAAAAGACUAAAAUCAACUAAAAAUAUAUAUACCAUUGAUUUCCAUGGCUUAUAUGUAAAUUUUAUAAUCAGGAAUUUCACAUAUACGCAAUACAACAAAAGGUAGUCCUUUUAUGCACUUUUAAAUGUUGCUGCAUUUUAUUGUGAAAUAAAAUAAUUUUUCUAUA